AUGAUGAACAAGGUGGUAUUCUUCUCCGGUCUGAUCAUCGCCGUCCAAAGCAUGGUCUUACAUCCUGCACCAGCACCACUUUUCUUUGAGCAGUAUCCAGAACCUAACUACAGUUUCGCAUAUGAAGUCAACGAUGCCCAUACUGGUGAUAUUAAGAGCCAACAUGAGAGCAGACGAGGAGACAUCGUGAUUGGACAAUACUCUUUAGUACAACCUGACGGAGUUAAGAGAACUGUUGACUACAGCGCAAACGAUCACACUGGUUUUCUCGCAACCGUCAACAACCAGGGCAGGCCACAGAUCAAUCAAGCCAACCAAGAAACCAACAGACAAUACAACCACCCUGAAGAAACCACACGGUCAUCCAACAAAGCCCAGGAAAUGCAGCAAUCAUACAAUACAGCGAGCACCGCCUCUUACAGCACCCAGGGCUGGCCUGAAAGCGUACCCAAUGUAACCCCCGCCCCCGUGACGAUCACUAGGACCUCAGUUAUUCACCCCACCUUCUCUAAUGGACACAAUCCUUGGAUC